AUUAUCUUUGGACCCAUGCACGAUCCGGCACACGAAGCAGACAUCUUUACUAUCGUCUCUUCCCUACCCUUGCGGCGUCUGGCGACAGACCUCUGCGAGUUCUUUCCCGGCGUCGAUAACUAUAUGACAUACAUAGGGCUACCUUUCUUCUCCCACCUGACACACCUCGAUAUGCUUGACGACUCCGAAAGCCAAAUAGAGCGCCUCUCACCACUUCUCAUUCGCCUCCCCGUGCUUACCCAUCUCGCGCUUGCCGUUCUUCCUCUCUCCUCCAUAAUCCAACGACUUCUGGAAGGUUGUCUUCAUCUCCAGGUGCUGGUUAUCCUCUGGGAGGCCUUUCAUUCUAGGGUGGGCCGUACCGCCGCGGCUGAAAUCACCGAGCAUGUCAGUGAUCCGCGGUUUGUGAUGACUAUCUAUCACGAGUGGGACGAAGGUGUUCGCCUGUCGGAUUGGGACAACGGAGCCUCAACAUACUGGUAUCGAGCGCAGUCGUUCAUAGCUUCAAAGAGGAGGCAGGACAUUCCGAUGGAUUGUUUCUGGGCCGAGGAUUAA